AUGCCUUCUUCUCAAGUCCGCGACCAGGUGAGCUGCCGUGAUCGUUGCCUUCUCCUCCCCCAUCGCUUGUGGCGCUCCGUGCUGACUUGAUGCCCGCUCGCCGCCACUGUCGUCAUCGCUCGCGGUCAACGCUUGCCGGUCUGCUCUCCCAGCCCGAUGGUGCCACCUACACCACUUCGCAAGGUGCCCCCGUCAACGAGCCCUACGCCGCCGGACGUGCCGGUACCAAUGGCCCUCUCUUGCUGCAGGACUUCCACCACAUCGAUCUGUGAGUAACCUUCUUUGUCAUCACUCUUGCGCGCGCGCGCGCGCACACCAUCAGCGAGUUCGAAGCGAGUUGGCUCGGAUCGGCCGAUCGCAGCACUCCCCUAUCGCCGAUCGGACGCUCAUGCUCGCUCUGUCCCCCCUUUUUUGUUCGCAGCCUCGCUCACUUUGACCGAGAGCGUAUCCCCGAGCGUGUCGUCCACGCCAAGGGCAGUGGAGCUCAUGGUGAAUUUAUCGUACGUCUGACUACUAUGUCCGCGACGGUCUUUCUUCACCGAUCUCUGCGGUCGGACAUCCGAUCUGACCUCUUGGGGGGGAUUGCUUCACGUACAGGUCACCCACGACAUCUCGGACUUGACUUGCGCUCAAGUAUUCGAGAAGGUUGGCACCAAGGUUCGCGCCACCGCCCGCUUCUCGACCGUCGGUGGCGAGUCCGGAUCGGCCGACACUGCUCGUGACCCCCGUGGUUUCUCCAUCAAGCUCCGCACAGAGGAGGGCAACUGGGACCACGUCUACAACAAUACUCCCGUCUUCUUCUUGCGUGACCCGGCCAAGUUCCCUCACUUCAUCCACACCCAAAAGCGCGACCCGCAGACCCACCUGAAGGACGCGGACAUGUUCUGGGACUACCUUGCGCAGAACCCCGAGAGUUUCCAUCAGGUCAUGAUCCUCUUCGGUGACCGAGGUGUUCCCGAUGGGUUCCGACACAUGCACGGCUACUCCGGCCACACUCACAAGCUCAUCAACAAGAACGGCGACUUCGUCUACGCCCAGUUCCACUGGCGAUGCGACCAGCCGCGCAAAUUCUUGACCCAGGAGCAAUCCGUCCAGCUCGCCGGUGAGAACCCCGACUACGCCACGCAGGACCUCUUCGAGGCGAUCGAAAAGGGAGACUUCCCUUCGUGGACCCUCCACGUCCAGACCAUGACGGCCAAGCAGGCCCAAGAGUUCGAGCAUAACAUCCUCGACUUGACGAAGAUCUGGCCCCACAAGGAUUACCCUCUUCGCGAGGUCGGCAAGCUCACGCUCAACGAGAAUCCGCAAAACUAUUUCGCCGAGAUCGAGCAGAUUGCUUUCGCGCCGUCGCACUUGGUCCCCGGUAUCGAGCCUUCGGCCGACCCCGUCUUGCAGUCGCGUCUCUUCUCGUACCCCGAUACCCACCGCCACCGCCUCGGUGUCAACUACGCCCAGUUGCCCGUCAACGCACCCUUGCACUUGCCCGCCAACUUCCAGCGUGACGGGGCUAUGGCCUUCUACAACCAAGGCGCUCGACCCAACUACCAAUCGUCUAUUCAGCCGUUGUUGUACAAGCCCCAGCUUUACAACACGGCCGAGCACGAGCAGUUCCUCGGCGGUGCCGUGCAGGACCUGAGCGUCAUCACCGAGCUCGACUUUGUGCAGCCGCGCGCGUUGUGGCAGCGCGUCUUCGACGACAGCGCCAAGGAGCGCUUCGUCAACAACGUCUCGGGCCACAUGGGCGGCAUCAAGUCCGAGUCGAUCCGUAACGGCGUUCUCGCUUGCUUUGCGAGGGUCGACGAGGACCUCGGUGCGCGCGUCGCCAAGGCGUUGAACGUUCCCGCCGUCGCACCCCUCAAGGUCGCCCCUGCUUCGGAGGCCCGCCGCUUCCGCGGCUCGGUCAACUUCAAGUGA